GAACCAAACGGACUUGAUUACACCUUUUGUUCAACCUAUCAUUUAACACAAUCUAAUUUAGCGCCACGUCCCUGGCAUUAUUAUUAUGGUCUAAGUUUUUUCCAAAUCCCACCUAACAAAAUCCGGAGAAAAUCUGUUAAAUUUUGUGGAUUUUUCAUUUCUCUUGUUUUUAACGAAGUUUUAAAGUUUAUGGUGCAGUGAAGGAUUAUGGGUUCAAGUAAGAAUUGUUGUAGUACUAUUAAUUAUGAUUACUCUUUGAAGAUAUUAUUGAUUGGUGAUUCGGGUGUUGGAAAAAGUAGUCUUCUUCUUAGUUUCAUUUCAAAUUGUCAACAGUUUCCGCAGAAUCUCUCUCCCACAAUUGGAGUGGACUUCAAGAUAAAGCUGCUAACAACUGGUGGAAAAAGAUUAAAGCUAACAAUUUGGGAUACAGCGGGGCAGGAAAGGUUUGGAACACUGAUGAGUUCAUACUACAGAGGCACUCAUGGAAUCAUUCUCGUUUAUGAUGUAACAAGACGAGAGACGUUUACGAAUUUAUUGAAGAUAUGGGCCAAGGAACUAGAGCUUUACUCGACGAACCCUGAUUGUGUCAAGAUACUUGUUGGAAAUAAGGUUGAUAAGGAUAGUGAGAGGGCAGUUACUGUGGAGGAAGGAAUGGCUCUUGCUCAGAAGCACAAGUGUUUAUUUCUUGAAUGCAGUGCUAGGACUAGAGAAAAUGUGCAGCAACUAUUUAAAGAGCUAACAAUGAAGAUCCUGGAAACACCUAGUCUACUGGAGAAAGGGUCUACGCCUGUGAAGAACCAAAUUUUGAAACAGAAACAAGUUUGUCACGAGCAGCAUAACAGUAAUUGCUGCUCGUAGUCAAAAUGCUUUGAGAGAGACAAAUUUGGAAAUGCAGUUGAGAAUGAAGAAAGAAGGAAGGAAUGCCUAUGCAGGGCAUCCUUUAUUAACAUACUUGUCAUCACUUACCAUUGGAUGGAUUUGAACAGGGAUCACAGUCGAGAGUUUUUUCUUUCUGUAUGUAAAUUUGGAUGGUCUUUGUUUCUUCCAUUCUUUUAAUCUUUACAGAAUACAUGUGUAUUAUAA